AUGAGGAUUUUCGUUCAUUUACUUGCGUUGUUUAUUUUGACACUUCAAGUGUUUGCUGAGGAUUUUCAAAAAAUCGGCUUCAAGGAUUGCAAAUCGAAAUUCAAAGUUCUUGACGUACAAGCGUCUGGAUGUCAUUUGAAGGAUACACCAACUGGUAGAAAACUCUGUGAAUUUAAGGAGGGCACUACUCCGAGGAUUCGAAUUAAGUUCAUCCCAGAUGAAACGGUGUCAAGCUUGAAAACUCAUAUCAAAGCAAAAAUUGGUCAGACGUUUUUGGAAUUCCCAAUGGCCGACGCUGAUGCCUGCAAAUACGGCGUGACCUGUCCUGUGGAGGAGGGCAAGGAGUAUGUCUACGAGAAAGGCAUCGAAAUAAUCCACAAUUAUCCAAAG